AGGCACUACCCACGGCUUAAGUAAAAGCACAUAGAGCAGAGGCACUCAGUCUGGCAGUUGCUGGGGGUUUAAAGGAGUUAGUGGAUUUCGGCUGGUUUUAAACAAGAUUGAAGGGGUGGGGUUUUUUCUUCUCUGUAGAAAUACUGAAAGGACAAAAAGAUACUGGAAAUAAUGAAAAAAGCGUGCCACAACUCUUGAUCAGACACCUGAAAUUUGAGAAGUCGUUAACUAGGCUCAUGUUUUCUCCUGAUCAAGAAAAUCAUCCAUCAAAAGCACCAGUAAAAUAUGGUGAAUUGAUUGUAUUAGGGUACAAUGGGUCUCUCCCAAAUGGAGAUAGAGGAAGAAGAAAAAGUAGGUUUGCUUUAUUUAAAAGGCCCAAGGCAAAUGGGGUGAAACCUAGCACUGUGCAUAUUGCCUGUACCCCUCAAGCAGCAAAGGCAAUAAGUAACAAGGACCAACACAGCAUAUCUUACACUUUGUCUCGGGCCCAGACAGUAGUAGUUGAAUAUACACAUGACAGCAACACAGAUAUGUUCCAGAUUGGUCGGUCAACAGAGAGUCCUAUAGACUUUGUCGUGACAGAUACAGUUCCUGGAAGUCAGAGUAAUUCAGAUACACAGUCUGUGCAGAGCACUAUAUCAAGGUUUGCCUGCAGAAUCAUAUGUGAACGUAACCCUCCUUUUACAGCAAGAAUAUAUGCUGCAGGAUUUGACUCCUCAAAAAACAUCUUUCUUGGGGAGAAAGCUGCAAAGUGGAAGACAUCAGAUGGGCAAAUGGAUGGAUUAACCACAAAUGGAGUUCUUGUUAUGCAUCCUCGUAAUGGAUUUACAGAAGACUCCAAGCCAGGGGUGUGGAGAGAGAUAUCUGUGUGUGGGAAUGUGUUCAGCCUCCGUGAAACCAGAUCAGCUCAGCAGAGGGGAAAAAUGGUUGAGAACGAAACAAACCAACUCCAGGACGGCUCUCUAAUUGACCUGUGUGGAGCAACACUGCUGUGGCGCACUGCGGAGGGGCUUUCACGCACUCCUACUGUCAAGCACCUGGAGGCUCUAAGACAGGAAAUAAAUGCAGCAAGGCCCCAGUGUCCCGUGGGGUUUAACACCUUGGCGUUUCCCAGCAUGAAGAGAAAAGAUGUUGUAGACGAAAAGCAGCCGUGGGUAUAUCUGAACUGUGGCCAUGUCCACGGCUAUCACAACUGGGGAAACAAAGAGGAGAGAGACGGCAAGGAUCGCGAGUGUCCCAUGUGCCGCUCUGUUGGCCCCUACGUGCCCCUGUGGCUCGGGUGUGAAGCGGGAUUUUAUGUGGAUGCAGGACCUCCAACUCAUGCGUUCAGCCCAUGCGGACACGUGUGCUCAGAAAAGACAACUGCAUAUUGGUCCCAAAUUCCUCUUCCUCAUGGUACUCACACUUUUCACGCAGCUUGUCCGUUCUGCGCGCAUCAGCUGGCUGGUGAGCAAGGCUACAUCAGACUCAUUUUCCAAGGACCUCUUGACUAACACCUGUGUUACUGAGGACUGUAGUAAUCCGAUAAGCUAAGCGAUGCUGAUUUUUACACCAACUGUUUUUCAUAUUCUGGGCUUUGCUGGUUUGCAUUAAGAUGAAGAAUUUUUGGGUUUUUGUUACAACAGCUAAAUCCCUCUCUAUUGAGAAAAAGUCUGGAAACUGAAGAAAUGGGGGGAGAAAGGGGGGAACUCCUGCUUUUUUUUUUUUAGGUAACUACUCUGAAGAGGUGAAGGAAGUGUUGUAAAGUGAACUUCGAUGCCUUCCGUUUAAUGGUUUUGAAUUAUAUGGCCACAGUGUUUGAAAGUUGUUUCAUUCUUUUUGUAUAUGGAGGGUAAAUAGUUCAAAGAACAUUAGUUUACAGCUUGGAUGCAAACAUUGUAAAAUAUAACAUGUAUAUUAACUCUUUUCUAUUUAUCUUUUAUUACCGAAAAUCCGUAGAACGAUUAGAGAGUAGCAUGGUCAUAGUGUUACAUCCAGCAAUUGGAUGUGUAGAGUAGUUCUGGGUGGAGAGGAAGGUGAGAUGGAAAUGGUAGAAAAAUCUUUUUUUAAUCUAAAAUACUGAAUUCUUAGAGUAGUUAAAAUGCUUUUUAAACAAAGCUAAUGCAAAUUAUGAUGGCAUGAAGGUGUGCUUUAACCAUGUCAAAAGGUAGCUAAGAAGAACUUCUUAAAAUGUCUUUUUGGUAGGACUGUACUUAAGAUCUGGUUAUGAGGAGACUAUUUACCAGACUCUUUGAAUAUGCAACUUAGUCUAGAUUAAGGAAUUUUUCUCCCCUCAACACGUCUCUUUAUUUAGCAUUAGUGACAUUUGUGAGGGUUUUUCCAAUGUCAAACAUUAACAAACCUGAAAGACGAGGCUCAUUUUGUUCCUUGCUGUUUGGGGCAGGGGCGGGGAGGAGGGGGGGAGGUGAACACAGAGCAGGGAGCAAUUUUGAAUUGGCCACAGCCCCAGCUUGUGACAGGCUCAUCAGGGGGAUGAUCUGCCUUUCUUCUGGCCCGUUGCAAACUGGCACACGGGAGCCAGGGGCUUCACGCGCUUGCCUUUACCCCGCUGUGAGGUGCAAGUACUCAUCAAGGCUACACACGGAACAAAGUUGAAGCCUGGUACCCAAGGGAUGCAGGCCCGAGUCCCAGCAUCCCUGUGCAACUUGUUACAAUCAGCAAUCUGUUAGGGGAGAGCUUGAGCUGGGACUGGGCUGGACUCACAGACCUCGAUGUGGGAUGCGUGCGUAAGGUCUGCUCCCACUGCAGUGGGCUCUAGUGAGUAGUCUCUCUCUGCUCUCCCCCCCCACCCUUCCUCUCCCUCUGUAUCCACCAGAAAAGGCCAGUGCACUACAUCCAGCUUUGCUGCUAACCCACUGUGCUUCAUGGCAAAUACACAACCUGACCUUUUUAGGAUUGAGUUGAGCUUUUUUUUUGGUCAGCUUCAUACUUUCUUUUUUUUUCUAAAAUACGUACUGUGUAAUUGACAGUAGCAAAUUUCUGUACUUUAUAGCAUAGCUUUAACUUUUUCCUUUCAGAGCUGUUCUAAAACUUUCUUGGUUUAAAGAGAGACCUAUGUUGCUUAGAUGUCAUGAAUUACUUGCUUUGACUGUCAAUUGUUUCUCCAUUUCUAAAAAGAAAUUAUAUCUAUUGUUGGUUCACUCAGGAAAUGCAUGUGUCAGGAAACCUGUAUUAUAAGUUCAGUUAGCUGUCAUGUACAAGUAACUGCUGUUACUCCCUUUUCAUAGGAAAUAUAACUGAUUUUGACAUUUUCCAGAUUAUAUGCAUUAAGUAAUGGAACUAAUGCAGCAAGAAAUCCCUGUAUUGUAGUUGUUCUAAUCAUUUUAUUCAAACUAUAGUAUACUGUAGUUUAAUUUUUAUUUGAAAAUUAAUUUAUUCAAACUACGUGAGUAAACACUUUUCAAAAAUA